AACCUAAAUAAUUUCUUCUUCUACAAGACCCAACCCCAUUCAUCUUACGUUUGUUGAAUGUUGAAUACCCUAACUAAGACAAACACUAUCAAGUAUCAAAAGCAUGGAGAUCCUUUCCUUCUUGUCCUACUCUCUCCUCUACGUUUUUCUCUUUCUCCUCUUAAAGCUUCUUCUCCAAGCCAGAAAGUUUCAAAACCUCCCACCAGGUCCACCCUCUCUCCCCAUAAUCGGCAACCUCCACCACCUCAAGCGCCCCCUCCACCGCACCUUCAGAGCCCUCUCCGACAAGUACGGCCACGUCAUUUCCCUAUGGUUUGGCUCCCGCCUCGUCGUCGUCGUCUCCUCCCAAACCUUAUUCCAAGAAUGCUUCACCAAAAACGACGUCGUCCUCGCCAACCGCCCCCGCUUCCUCUCCGGAAAACACAUCUUCUACAACUACACAACCUUGGGGUCCUCCCCCUAUGGCGAGCACUGGCGUAACCUCCGCCGCAUCACCGCCCUCGACGUCCUCUCCACCCACCGCCUCCACUCUUUUGCCGCCAUCCGGAGGGACGAGACUCACCGCCUCGUCCGAAAACUCGCCGAGGCUCAAGGGUCGGAGUCGUCCCUCUCCUUCGCCGAAGUGGAACUGACGUCUAAGUUUUACGACAUGACGUUCAACAACAUCAUGAGGAUGAUAUCCGGGAAGAGGUACUACGGUGAUGAUUGUGAUAUGGCCGAUGUGGAGGAGGCCAAGCAGUUUAGGGCUAUGGUUUCGGAGCUGCUGAAGCUGGCUGGGGCAAAUAACAAGAACGAUUUCAUGCCGGUGCUGAGGCUGUUUGAUUUUGAAAACCUGGAGAAGAGGCUGAAGAAGAUUAGCAAUAAAACUGAUACGUUCUUGAGAGGGCUGCUUGAAGAAAUCCGCGCCAAGAAGCAGCGUGCAAAUACCAUGCUGGAUCAUCUCCUCAGCUUGCAGGAAUCGCAGCCUGAGUACUAUACUGAUCAGAUCAUCAAAGGCCUUGCUUUGGGUAUGCUCAUUGCUGCAACUGAUUCACAAGCUGUAACUUUAGAGUGGGCAUUAUCUUGUGUGCUGAACCAUCCAGAGGUGUUUAAGAGGGCGAGGGAUGAAUUGGAAACCCAUGUGGGACAAGACCAUUUGUUGGAGGAGUCUGACCUUUCAAAACUCCCUUACCUUAAAAACAUUAUCUAUGAGACACUUCGGUUGUACACUCCUGCUCCAUUGUUGUUACCACAUUCAUCUUCAGAAGAGUGCAUUAUUGGGGGAUUCAAAGUUCCAGGAGACACCAUAGUGUUGAUCAAUGCUUGGUCCAUUCAUAGGGACCCUAAAGUGUGGAGUGAAGCCACAAGUUUCAAGCCUGAAAGGUUUGAAAAGGAAGGUGAGUUAGACAAGUUGAUUGCAUUUGGGUUGGGAAGAAGGGCUUGUCCAGGAGAAGGCUUGGCUAUGCGUGCACUCUGCUUGAGUUUGGGAUUGUUGAUCCAAUGCUUUGAGUGGAAACGGGUUGGUGAUAAAGAGAUUGAUAUGAGAGAGGAAAGUGGAUUCACUUUGUCUAGGUUAAUCCCAUUAAAGGCCAUGUGUAAAGCACGCCCAGUCAUCAACAGGCUUGGGAAAUAAUUUGUUUUAGCUUGCACAAUAGAUAAACUUGUUUCAAUUAUAUCCAGGAUAAACUGAAAUUAGUAAUCUUGAUAAGAAUAAAUUUUAGAUGUGUAUUUCUUUUAAGUAUAUGUAGUAUUGUUUUACAGUGAGUUUUAC